UUACAUAAAUAGAAAACAGUUUUGUUUUAAUGUAAAAUAAAAUGAACUAAUCAACUAUAAAUAAAUCUGAGUUUUACUGCUUUAUACGAAAAGGUUUUUUGAGGGAUUUUUUUAAAAAUGGAGAAUAACAGAUCGAAAAUUUAUAAAUAUUACAACUCCUUUUGCGAAUACAUGCAAGAAGACACCAGAGGUGCUAAGAUUGCAAUUUAUUCAGUAGCAGGUGUUAUGUUUUUAUAUGCGUAUCAUAGAAUCCGACCGAUAACCAAAUUUGGGAAAGCGACAGAUAUUCCUAAACUAUUUAUUAGAGAAAAAACGACUCAAUAUGGCAAAAUUGAAGGUGUUGAUGCCAGCCAUAAAAAUGGCCCAGUAUUGCUAAUUAACCACAAACCUCCUCUCAAUUUUCUAAUACCAUUCAAAAAAGUUUUACCAGUAAAUCUUUCUGGGGUUUCCGUUAACGCAAACGGCUGCGCUUGGUUGCAAACUGUAGCAGUGGGCCGUAAAGUAGAAUUCAUCCCCAUUAUUGAAAGGAAAAACGGGGUUGCUGAGUGCCAAGUAGUAAUGCUCUGUCCCAAUUAUCAAAAGGAUAAGGUCGACAUUUCUAAAGCUAUCUUAGAAUUAGGUUUUGGAAAAUAUGAGCAACCUAGUAAAAAAGUUCUUUCUGAUCCGCACUGGAAAAUGUAUCACAAAUACUUAACAAACUCUGAAAAAACUGCCAAAAAUCAACGCUUAGGGUUUUGGUUAACAAAUCUUCCACCGAAGCCGUGGAUUUUCCGAAAGUCUAAAGAAAUAUCAAAAUCUUUAAUUUUAUCAAUUCUUCCAAAAAAUUAUCGUCUUCCUGAAUUAGUGAGGUAAAUUUACCUGCUUGUUAAUUGUAUUAGAAAUAGGUGAUGCAACUUAGUGCCUCAAAUUAAAUUACUGACAGAAAAGCAUUUAGUUUAUUUUGAAAUUUAAUGCAUAAAGCCUCUGGCAAUUUUUAUACAA